UGAAAGUUAUGAGGUGUCAGUUUGACGUAUUUGUUUUUUUAGGUUAUUUAAGUUGACAUCUCUUGUCAAAAUUUGAAUAUACUUAAAAAUGAUACAUAGUUUAUUUAUAAUCAAUUCAUCGGGGGAUGCUUUCCUAGAGAAACAUUGGCGUAGCGUUAUACCGCAUUCCGUAUGUGAAUACUUUUUAGAAGCGCAAAGAGCAAAUCCUGAUGAUGUACCACCAGUAAUAGCUACACCACACCAUUAUUUAUUGUCUAUACAACGGGGUGGGAUUAGUUUGGUUGCUGUUUGUAUGCAAGAAGUACCUCCAUUAUUUGUAAUCGAAUUUUUACAUAGAGUGGUGGAUACAUUUCAGGAUUAUUUUUCAGAAUGUACCGAAACUAUUAUUAAAGAGAAUUAUGUAGUUGUUUACGAACUUCUAGAUGAAAUGUUAGAUAAUGGAUUCCCAUUGGCUACAGAAAGUAAUAUUCUCAAAGAAUUAAUCAAACCUCCAAAUAUAUUAAGAACUAUCGCUAACACCGUUACUGGAAAAUCAAAUGUUAGUGGCACGUUACCAAGUGGUCAAUUAUCGAAUAUACCUUGGAGACGUACUGGCGUUAAAUAUGCAAAUAAUGAAGCAUACUUUGAUGUCGUUGAAGAGGUUGAUGCAAUUAUUGAUAAAUCUGGUGUGACUGUAUUUGCUGAAAUUCAAGGAUAUAUAGAUUGUUGUAUAAAAUUAAGUGGAAUGCCAGAUUUAACGCUAUCUUUUAUGAAUCCGAGAUUAUUUGAUGAUGUUAGUUUUCAUCCAUGUGUCAGAUUUAAAAGAUGGGAGUCUGGGCGAAUUUUAUCAUUUAUACCACCAGACGGUAAUUUAAGAUUAAUGUCAUAUCACAUAGGAAGUCAAAGUGUUGUUGCCAUUCCAAUAUACGUACGUCAUAAUUUAUCGUUAAAAGCGGGGGAACAAGGCCGUUUGGAUAUUACAGUUGGUCCAAAACAAACUUUAGGUCGAACAAUUGAAGGUGUAAAAUUGGAAAUUCAAAUGCCAAAGUGUGUACUUAAUUGUAUAUUAACAACAAAUCAAGGAAAAUAUGCAUUUGACCCAGUCACAAAAAUUUUAUCUUGGGAAAUUGGCAGAAUUGAUGUGACAAAAUUACCAAAUAUUCGUGGCACAGUAUCAUUGGUGAGCGGAGCUAGUACAAAUGAUGUAAAUGCAUCAAUUAAUGUACAUUUUACAAUUACACAAUUGGCAAUUAGUGGAUUAAAAGUGAACCGAUUAGACAUGUAUGGUGAAAAAUACAAACCAUUUAAAGGUGUUAAAUAUGUAACAAAAGCUGGUAAAUUUCAAGUACGAAUGUAAUUUUAUUAUAAUUAUUAAU